GCAUCUUCCUGUUUCUAAUGGCAACUCGAGUAUACGCCAUGUUUGAUUGCUCGAUUUGUUUUGCUUUUUGGCGUUUGACAUGUCUUUUUUUAACUUAACGCAACUGGGAGUUCAAGAUCCUAUAAAAAUAGCUGUAAAAGGAAGUGAAUCUUGCAACAUUCCGGAUCAAACGAAACCUGUCGAAGCUCUAAAAACACCUACUUGUUCUACCCCUUCUCCAGCUUUCCACGACGAAGAUUUAAAGGGUGCGAAAUACUUUUCCGAAGCACAAGGUUCCUAUGUGAAAUACACAGAGCGGCUAACGAAGCAUCAAAGAACAAAAAAUGAUCCAAACGAGAUAUAUUCCAAACCCAUAACAUCUUCACAAGAAUAUGGCUGGUGGAGACAAGAUGGUGCACCAAAAACUUUACCUUGGACUGAAAUACAAAAAUUUUCACGAGUAAAUAGUGAAAUGACAAGGUUUGUGGACGAGAUGACACUCACAAAUAAACAUUUCACAUUAUUUUGAGAAUGUAUAUAUUUUUAAAACUAAAUUUAUAAUCAUUUAUUUUGCUUAUAUUAUUUUAAUUCUUUUUUAAUCAAGACUAAAAAUGAAUCGAACGUGAAA